AGUGAAAUUGGAGAAUUCAGAAUCUCCAUAAUGAGAUGCGCAGUGAUCCAACAUUAAAACCUGUCUUUUAUUCUUCGGGAACAUGUAGAAACCACUUGUUAGACUGCAGGGUUACGUAGUGGAUAUCUUUUAGGAAAUGGCCACCUUUGUGGUCUUGGUGGCAGCGAUUUUAACGGCGAUCUCAACCGUCGAGACGUCCGGGGGUGUGUCCUCGGGGGCUAGACCGGCCAGGGUCCGAAGACAAACUGGAGAGCUACGGCAAGAAAUUCCCGCAGAGUUCACCCAGAUCUACCAGGGCUCCGUAUUCAACGGCACGGAAGAUAUCUACCGGUACACCUACAUGCAGAAUGAGUCCUCCCCACGUGCCAUCCGUGUGGAGGUGAAGAGUGAAGGGGCGACGGAGGACUACCCUCUCCUGUUCGUGGUGCGACAACAGCGGGGCAUCCUGUCGUGGCAGGUGCCCCUCAUGAUCAGAGGCAUCUAUGGAUACGACAAGGUGAGCCGUACGCUGUGUCCCAUGGACCACCUGCAGGUGGGUGUGAAGGACGAGAAGGAGACUGUGUAUCUGGAAGUGUCGGCGGCAUCACCCACCGCCCUGAACUACCGCGUCAACGCAACCAUUCUCACCGACUUUAUCCUGAGCACUGGACAACCUCGAAAUUUCCUUGUAUCACCUUCCCAACCACAGUAUUAUGCAUACAAGAUGCCUCCUGAUCUGGACAUGGUGGUGGUGAAAGUUUCAUCACCAAAUAGUUUGUGUGCCGUCUUUUCCCUUCAGCCAAUCAAGUGCCCAGUAUACGACUUGGACCGAAACAUCGAGUUUGUGGGAAUCUAUCAGACAUUCAUGAAAAAGGCCGCCAUCACGGUACAGAGGAGUUAUUUCCCUAAUGGAGAGUUCUAUGUGGUGGUGGUGGUGAAGGCUACGGAUGCUGACUGUACUGGUGAGAUGGAGACCAUACAGCCUGCUUAUCCCUCUGAGGAAGCGUUCGAGAUGCGACGUGUGAAGGAAGUAAAUGUCGUGGUCGGGCCGUCUAUUACAGAUUCCCAGUACGUGACAGCAGUGUUUGUGGGAAUCCUGGUGUUUGUGCUGUUCUAUGUCGUCACCUUCAUGGUUCUCUUUAUUCAGUGGAUCAGACAGAGGAAUGCAGAGCUGGAAGGGUUGGCACCAAGACCUGAGGAGCAAGGUGGUUUCCAGAUCACUCAGCCAGCAAGCAAUGCUGAAGCUCCCAUCAAUGCUCAGAGAACAGAACCAAACUAUGGAGCCACCGGUUGGGACAGAGUAAAAAUGCCAUCAGUGCUGGACACUGCUUUCACAGAUGGACUGAGUCUGAACCACAUUACCAUACUGGGCAAAAAGUUGUCCAACAAUGGUUCAGUCAGCUCACAGAAAGAGGCAAACAUCUCGCCUAAUAAACCAACUACCGACCCCUACACCAUGGGAGAACAGCCUGCUGAGACCAAACCUGGCAUUCCCCCGACUGACCAACCCAACGGUCCCCCCAUCCCUCCCAACCCCCCUCCACCCCGGCCAGCCCAGCCCAAGUCCUACCCCAAACCUCCCAUGGUGCACACCCUGUCGGACAGCUCCAUGGAGGAUGACAUUGACAUGCUGGAUGAUGCAGAUGAGGAUAAGGACAUCUACAGAACCAAGACCUUCCUGUAUGUUGCGGACCUUGCUAGAAAAGACCACCGCCACCUGAGUCAGAAGUACAACCUGUAUAGCUGGAACUUGCUCACCAUCUCAGUGUUCUAUGCUCUACCUGUCAUACAACUGGUGAUCACUUACCAGAAGAUGUUGAACACCACCGGCAAUGAGGACAUUUGUUACUACAACUUUUUCUGUGCACAGCCUGCUGGGGACCUCACUGCUUUCAACAACGUGUACAGCAACAUUGGCUACAUCAUGCUUGGUGUCCUCAUUCUUAUCCUUGUGUACCGUAGGGACUACACCCAUCAGAAGAAGGUGGAUGCUGGUGACAGAUAUGCCAUUGAUUACGGCAUCCCCAAACACUUUGGUCUCUUCUAUGCUAUCGGCAUUGCCCUUGUGAUGGAAGGGGUGAUGAGUGGAUGUUACCACGUCUGUCCUAACUACUCCAACUUCCAAUUUGACACCUCCUUCAUGUACAUCAUUGGAGGACUGGGCAUGCUGAAACUCUACCAGACACGACAUCCUGACAUCAAUGCCAACGCCUACGCAGCAUACGCCAGCCUGGCUAUCGUUAUCUUUGUUGCAGUGAUUGGAGUGGUGUUUGGCACCCCUUACUUCUGGGCCAUCUUCACUAUUGUCUAUGUGCUGGCUAUCCUGGCCCUCACUGCACAGGUGUACUACAUGGGCAGGUGGAGACUAGACAUGGGGAUUUUCCAUCGCAUGUACCUCCUGAUCAGAACAGAUUGUUUGCAAUGUUCCAAACCGAUGUACUGGGACCGUUUUGUGCUACUUCUGGUUGGAAACAUCAUCAACUGGUCGCUAGCGUUGUUUGGUGCAGUGGCCCAGCCUGAUGACUUUGCCUCCUUCAUGUUGGCAAUUUUCAUCAUCAACUUCCUACUCUACUUCGUCUUCUACAUCGUGAUGAAGCUACGGAGUGGAGAGCGUAUCCUGUGGGUAACUGUAGGGCUGAUCAUCAUCACACUGAUCUGUUGGACGCUCGCUCUGUCCUUCUUCUUCAAGGGAGUCACUACAUGGGAGAAAACACCAGCCCAGUCUCGACUGGACAACAAGGACUGUGUACUGAUGGGGUUCUAUGAUGACCAUGACAUCUGGCACUUCAUGUCUGCUAUCAGCAUGUUCUGCUCAUUCUUGGUUCUACUAAUGUUGGAUGACGAUCUAGACUACACCCCAAGAGACAAGAUUCCUGUCUUCUAAACACCAUCUGUCCUGAGAGGAGGUAUCAUGUACUUCAGAUGUAAUACUAGGGGGAGCCAGCAGGUGGCAUUGCUAUUCAAGAGUAUGUGGUCAUCAAGAAGAUGAUAUGCUACAGUUGCACUGUAUUGCUACCGGGUAUAUUAAGAUUUUAACUACGCAAGACCACUGAAUAGAAUAAAAACUGUUAGUCCACACUUUUUCAGCAUAAGGUAUGAGAAUUGUCUCUUGGAAAUUUUCAGCCAUGAAUGAAAUUGAUGAAACUGCAUACUUGGAGACACAUGUAAACAUGGUGAACCCUCAACAUAUGCAAAGCACACACUGUACAUGUAUGUGUUGAAGGCUAUAUAAUAUCCUCAAGAUUUAUUCUCUUAUGAACACCCCCAAGCUUUGCACAAGGAAAAAUAUACAAACAUCCAUGCAUUGAGAUAUUAUGCAUACCAUGUCAUUUGGUAAAAAGCAUCUGCAUCUUUGAACACCUUUUGCAGUCAUGUUAGGAAACUAUCAUGUUAAACAUGUCAUUUCCAUGUGGUUCGAUUGAACAGAAAUUCUAUGACUUGUUUAGCUUAGCCUCCAGUCUUGAGGAUUCUAGAGAUCUGCUUAUUACCAUAGCACUGGUUGGAACAAAAUUAAGCCUGUUAAGAAUUUUUUUGCUCUUUAAAUCAAAGAGUGUACAGCUUGCUGUAACAGUUAUGAUUGAAACAGGGCUUGAUAUACAUUUUUGUACUAUUUUUCUGCAGUAUGUGAUUCAUAUACUGGGCCAAUAUUCUUCUAGCUUGCCAAAUUGGAAGUCUAAAAAGACUUGGAGCUGUGUUAGAUUUAAGCAGGCAGUGUAGCUUUGAAAAGAGCUCUAGAACCCCAACAUAGUUUGGUUGUUGUUAGGUUGAGCUAAUCUACAGCAUUUUGAAGAAAAGUCCAUGUCCAUGCAAUAAUGCUGAUGUCAGCACUUCAUAUGAGACCAACUUUUGUACCGUGUGUGUAUGAUGCCGAAACAACAAUAAUGUAACUGUGCCAUUGCACUUGGCAUUGUGUCACCAUUUUAUAGCACUCUACAUUUACACGUAUGUACCACAAAGUAGGAAUCAUUAAUUUGGUUGGAGACAUUUUGGCUCCCAUGUUUCCAAAAAAUUGUUUGGAAAGACACACACACACAAAAAUAUUUUUACUAUACAAACUUUAUCACACUGCAAAUGAAGCCUUAUACAACAAGGAACAUUUCCUGGAACUGUAUUAAGGUGCUCUAAGAGUCUAUAUUUUCCCUAUUUAGCUAAAUCUUUUUAGCUAUGCACCCCAGAUUUGGAGCUGACAACAGAGCUGUAACAUUCUACCACCUGUUAGCACUAGUAUCUGGAAUGUCCAUCUUGGAACACCUGCUUGGGACCUGAAAUGUUUUAAAAGUGUGUGGCUAAAUAGGGAAAAUACAUAGUAACAAUUGUAGUGUGUAGUAUAUUGGUAAAAAAGGAUAGGGGGUAUCUUAGCUUGUAGGUUGUAUCAUUCCACCAAAAAAUAUCCCUUAGCAAGAAUUUGACACAUAUAGUAGUAAUAGUUAAGGAAGUAGGAAACAAGGUUAAUUUCCAACAAUGUGAAUAACUGAAGAGAUAACUGACCAGUGUAUUUGUGUACAGUUUCUACAUGCAAACUGGCUGGUGCAGUAAAGCAUGCUUAGCUGAGACAAAAACCCCAACAUGCACAAAGAUACCACAUUAUUACAGUGUUUUGAGACACUUCAGACUCAAGCAAUGCAAAAAAGAGAGACUUGUUGCAAUAAGUGUUUUGCUAUGGUCAUCUUCAACAUGAAUUUCUCUGGUAGCACCAUAGAAAUAGCUAACCUGUAGUGUAUUUGAUACUUGUUGAAGAAUUUAUCAACAUUGUCAAGUACUGAUACUUAUCCUGCAUGGAUGUUGAUUUGGGGUGUAGAACUAGCAAGGCUAACAUGCUCAUAGCAGAAGUUAUGUCAAAAAGCAGCGGUAGCACACAUGUAGGUAUACCCAGGAACCAAUCUUGUAAACUAUAAAGUUAGAAUGUGCUUGUAACAUUACUGCAAUGUUCCCAAAAGACAUAUAUUAACGAGAGUCUAUGGUUCUAUAAUGUCAUCUUGGCACAGAAGUCUCACAAAAGGAAUCCACAGUGCAAUCUAAAUAAUCUAUUUCAACUAAUACGAAAAAUAUAACAUUUCAAGAGAUUUAAUGUAUGUUGUAACAGAGUAACAUUUAAGGAUAUGAACUCACUGCUGUUGAGUGAGAAAUGACCAGGAUAAAUACAGAAUUGUGCACGUGUUUGUUGAAGGCUUGUGAAGGGCUGAUUGUUCUAUGUUACGUGUAUCAGUAUCUCUUUCAAAGGUCUUUGCUGCUACAACUGUGAUCAUGUGUGUGGAAAGUAUGGUGAGAAUACAGUAGAGCAGAGUUGUCCUGUGAGUCGAAAGGUGGAAAAACAGUAUGUAGGAACAAUGGAUGUACAUUUUCUUCUCUAUCAUAAGCUACAGAUGGAAAAUAGUAUAAAAUGAUAUUAUAUUAAAGUUGUUGUUACAUAAUUAUACAUUACUGCUGGAAUGUUGCAAUGCAAUAGGAGCCAAGGGGGAAUUAGUAUAUGAGUGCAAUUUUAGCUUUCGUAUGUAUUCCUAUAGAAUAUGUUGGGUGGAUGUUUAUAUUUCAAAACUUUGUCUGUAUAUCCUGCUCUCUUUCAGCACCUUUUGAUGUACACAUUUUGUAUAUGGGUACUGUAUUUUUCUCCGUUCAAUGUGUAGUUAAAUUUUAGGGUCAGGGGUAGAUAUGGUAUGUGUUUUACAAUGAAUAUUGAUUGUCAUGAAAAGGAAGGAUGUCGUCUUGAGACAAUAGUAGUAUUAGAAAGGUUGUCCAAGUGAGCUACUAUUCUAUAAAUGGCCCAAAUGUCAAACUCAUUCCAGGGCAAGAUUCAGUCAAAGUAUAUACUCUCGUUUUUGCCGAAAACUUGUGUGUCAGAGUUGUCGUCUUAACUGUAAAUUUAUGUAACAUGUAGUAAGAUUCAAUAUAAAUACACAAGGAUUUGGUGACCUCAUACCACCGCCAAUGCACUGUUGUGUGUCAUGUCUUUUGGAAAUGACUAAUUUUGAUAAGUCAUAUAUUACUAUAUGGAGUUUUUGGACAGUGGGUAUGUAAUCUGUAUGUAAUGUUUCCUGUUGCAACAAUUAAAUGCAUGGAAAGCCUU